AUGAAGAGAACGAAGAGAAUGAACAGGAUGAACAGACUGAAGAGAAUGUUGGUGCUUCGCAGAACAGGGCUGGUGGGAGACCCAAAGAUCUAUUUCAGAUUCAGAAGAAGAGGGGGGGAGGAUUUUAAUGUGUUUGAUGAAGACCACGACCAUGAGGGUCCAACUUUCUCUAUUGGGAUGUUGUUCACUGACAGGGAGCAGUUUAAGAAGGCCUGCCGUGAGUGGGGGAUAUACCACAGGUACCAACUGCACUUCCUUGUAAAUGAGAUAACAAGAGUGAGGGCAAAGUGCUACUCAAAGACCAAAUGUAAGUUCUACGUGUUUGCAUCAAAGCUGCACCUCAAAGAUCCCAAUGACAACACAUUCCGAGUGAAGACCCUUGAUCUGCGCCAUACAUGUCCUAAAGUGAGCAAAAACUUCCACCUGACUAGUGCAGUCCUCGCCGACAAGUACUUAGAAGAAGUUAGAAACGAUCCUGAAUAUAAGUCUGAAGUGUUUGUGAAGAAGAUUCAGACAGACCUAAAACAAUCAAUAAGCAUUCAGCAAGCAAGAAGAGCAAGAAGGGCAUCAUUGGACAAAUUGGAGGGUGAUGAAGACCGGCAAUAUGAGAAGUUGUAUGAUUACAAGAGGGAGGUUUUGAGAACAAACCCAGGCAGCACGGUGGAGUUUAAAGAAGCAAGGGGGAAGUUCCAGGGAAUGUAUGUAUGCUUUGAUGGGUUGAAGCAUGCCUUCAUGAAUGGGAUGAGACAGAUUGUCUGUCUGGAUGGGUGCUGGUUGAAGGGUAAAUACGGGGGUCAACUUCUUUCUGCAACAGGGAUUGAUCCAAACGACUGUAUGUACCCCUUAGCAUAUGCCUGGGUUAAAACGGAGAACACAGACACCUGGAUGUGGUUUAUUGGGCUACUUCUAGCUGAUCUCCACCUUACGAAUGCCACAGUUUUCAUGUCCGAUAAACAAAAGGGUCCUUUGGGUUUGUUGAAUGCUGUGAAGGAGCUGUUCCCAUAUUCAGAGCAUCGAUUUUUCUAG